AUGGACGCUGUUCUGAAGCCUCACCGUCUGGACCUGGAUCCAAACUCGCCCACAGCGGCAAAAGAAUGGAAACACUGGCUGAAGACGUUUGAAAACUUUAUCGCUGAAUGUGGGUCGAGGGCCCCGGAUCGCUACAGAACCCUUAUCAAUUAUGUUUCGCAUAAUGUAUACGAGUACAUCGAAGACUGCUCAACGUACGACUCAGCCAUCCAAGUACUCAAACAGCUGUUUAUAAAGACACCUAACGAAAUAUUCGCCCGUCACCUUCUUGCUACACGACGGCAAAAGACAGGAGAGACACUUACCGAAUUCCUCCAAGAGCUGAGAAGACUAUGCAAGGAUUGCAAUGUCAAAGCCGUAUCAGCUGAGCAGUACCGAGAGGAGCUUAUACGUGACUCUUUCAUAAACGGCCUAAACUCCCCGUUCAUCCGGCAGAGGCUGUUGGAAAACAGAGAGCUUGAUCUAAAGACUGCUUUUGAUCAGGCGAAUGCUCUUGAUCUGGCACAGAAGAACUCGGAUUCAUACAGCGUACCACUCCAAACAGCGUCUGUCUCUGCGGUCCCAGAACAGAUAGAAGCUCAGAACCCUGACCAUGAAGUUCCUGUCACCGCUGCUGCGUAUAGGCCGUCCAAGAGAUGCUACUUUUGUGGCGGUCCGCUGCAUAACCGCAAAGACUGCCCUGCCAAGAACUGCUCUUGCAAUAACUGUGGAAAGGGAGGCCACUAUGCUAAAGUUUGCAAGUCAAAAGGGGCUGCAAAAGGAACAGCCGCCUCAAUCUGCUCGAUUUCUGCCGCGUGCCCUGAGAGUCUAGCUCAGGCUUCUGUGGAAGCCAGUAUUGCAGGCCACUCACUGACAGCACUUGUGGACACUGGCAGCUCAGGGAGCUAUAUCAAUGAAGGGGUAGUUCAACGCCACGGGCUACAGGUGAACAAGUCAACAGUACAGAGUGUAUCAAUGGCUCUUAGCUUUAUCACAACCCAAGUCACUGGCCAUUGUCUAGUAGACCUCACCGUCAAGGAACACACGUAUCCCUCUGUUCGCCUUGGUGUUUUGAAGAAUCUAUGCAGCGAUGUCAUACUUGGACUAGACUUCCAGCGUAGUCACAACAGCGUAAUAACCCAAUUUGGCGGCACACAGCCCGACCUGAAGAUCACCCAUGAGGCGCCUGCCUGUGCCCUCUCAGCAGCUGAGAUGGAGGAACCAUCACUAUUUGCCAACCUACUCCCAGAUUGCAAACCCGUAGCGAGCAAGUCAAGGCAAUUUGGGAAGGAAGAUCAAGAAUUCGUAGAGCAGGAAGUCAACAGCUUGCUGUCGGAGGGCAUUAUCGAGCCUAGCACAUCCCCCUGGAGGGCCCAGUUGUCGUCGUGA